AAAUAGUGGGUAUUUUACAGUAAGAGCAGUACCGCAGUCCUAUUGAGUGAAAUUAACGGUAACUAAUAACGACGCGAGUGAUUGAUGUUUUGCCUAUUUUGGAUUAUAAAAAAUUUGAUAAUUUUAUGUUGCUGUCAGGCUCGAGGUAAGAUAAAAUAAAGUCUCUUCACGGACAUUAGGAGGCAAGGCAAAUAUUGCUUAAUUAUUUCGAAAAAAAGCUAGUCCUUGGCAUUGGGGUUUGUAAAUAAUUUACGCUCACAUCAUUGGGAGAUUACUGUUGACUUUCUGUGAAAAACUGAAAAAUGUUAAAUGUGAUUCUUUCACCGCCUUCAAGAAGUAUUCAUUCAAGAUCCUAUAGAUCCACCUUAAAAAAUUUUAUCUACGUCAACAAAUAGUCGUCAGUUCAUAGAAGUAAUUGAUAAUUGAUAAAUUUUUUUUCGAUGUUUUUCGAGAAAAUUUUCACUGAUAAUUUCUGAAACAAGUUUGCGGAUACACUAACACCAAUAAACCACAUAGGAGAGUUACAAACAAACAAUCUCACAAACAAACAAAGGAACCCACAUACAGAUGAAGAUCAAACAGGUGACAAAUUUCUUCUCCGCACUCGGUCGUAAAAAAAGAAACGAUGGGGAAGGAAGCAGUCCUUUAGCUAGAGUUUUAACACUUGUGGAUUUGACUGCGUUAGGCGUUGGGUCUACUUUAGGGUUAGGAGUCUACGUACUCGCUGGAUCUGUUGCAAAAACUGUAGCUGGUCCUGCAGUUUGUAUUUCGUUUCUAGUGGCAGCUGUAGCGUCUGCAGUUGCAGGUUUGUGUUAUGCAGAAUUUGCCGCGAGAGUACCGAAAGCCGGAUCAGCUUACGUUUAUAGUUAUGUUAGUGUUGGAGAAUUUGUAGCAUUCGUUAUUGGCUGGAACCUUAUUUUAGAAUAUGUGAUCGGUACGGCAAGUGUGGCACGUGGAAUGAGUAGUUAUUUAGACGCACUGGUAGACAAAAAAAUCAAAAAUCAACUAACAGAAUGGAUGCCUAUAGAUAUUUCAUUUUUAUCUCCCUACCCAGACUUUUUAUCGUUUAUUUUUGUUAUGGUAUUAACAGGUCUUCUUGCUUUCGGAGUGAAGGAAUCUUCAAGUUUCAAUAAUUUUUUCACGAUAAUAAACUUGGUUACGAUAUGUAUAGCUAUAGUGGCAGGAUCAAUAAAUGCUGAUGUAAAAAAUUGGCAGAUUGAUACGAAUACUCUAUCACCAGCAGAUAAAGAAGUUGCCGGGGCAGGAGGCUUUAUACCUUUCGGAGUUGCCGGUAUAAUGGCCGGAGCAGCCAAAUGUUUUUAUGGUUUUGUUGGUUUUGACGCCGUCGCUACAACCGGAGAAGAAGCUAAGAAUCCUCAAAGAGAUAUUCCUUUAGCAAUUGUGAUAUCAUUAUCAAUUAUAUUUGGCGCGUAUUUUGCUAUUUCCACAGUUUUAACAAUGACUUGGCCGUAUUAUCUACAGGAUGCUGAAGCUCCUUUUCCUUAUGUGUUCGAUCAAAUAGGAUGGACUGCAAUUAAAUGGAUCGUAACGAUUGGUGCCAUUUUUGCUUUAUGUACUAGUAUGUUAGGAGCAAUGUUUCCCUUACCAAGAGUUAUAUAUGCAAUGGCUAACGAUGGUGUUAUCUACAAAGUUUUAUCGAAAGUAGAUUCUCGAACGCAAACACCAAUUAUUGCUACGGUUUUAUCAGGACUUUUUUCAGGGAUAAUGGCAAUUUUAUUUGAUCUAGAUCAGUUGAUUGAUAUGAUGUCAAUAGGAACACUUAUGGCAUACACCAUAGUAGCUGUGUCUGUAUUGUUAUUAAGGUAUCAACCAAUUGAGAAAAGCAAGUAUCCCGGUUUGGAAAUGAAUGAAAAAAUUGAAAGUAUCGAAAAUUACAUGAUGAAGAACUUGAAAAAUCUGUUUAAUCUACAUAACAUAAAGUAUCCCACAAAGGAAUCAUCAAUUAUAGUAAAUUGGAGUAUAGCUUUAUUCAGCAUAUUUACUGCUUUAUUUUGUGCUACAGUAGCAAAUGGAAGAAAACUUGUUUUUACAGAGCCUCUUUAUAUUCUGGCUUUUAUUAUUACUAUUAUUGGGAUGGCAGUAUUAAUGGUGAUUAUGAUUAGACAACCUGUAGCUGAUGAAAAGCUGUCAUUUAAAGUUCCUUUAGUUCCAUAUGUUCCUUGUCUAAGCGUAGUCUUUAAUUUAUAUUUGAUGUUUGAACUUGAUUUGAACACAUGGAUACGAUUUUUAGCGUGGCUAGCGAUCGGUUUCGUAAUAUACUUUACCUAUGGUAUACAACAUAGUGAGGAAGGUCGAUGUAUCAAAGAAAAACGAGAAGGGAAAGGAGCACAAGAAAAGGAAGUAACGACCUUUUAAAGAAAAUAAACGGUUAAAGCGGUCUUCAAAGUCAAACUAAAAGAAUAUUUGACUAUAACUAUAGAAAAUCUAACGUUUAUAAUAAUACAAUGAAAACGAGGGGAGAUUUACUUCUGUAUUCUCUUUAAAUCUUUUGGGGUGAUUUCCGGAUAAAUACGUCAAACUGUGAAAAACAUAUUCGCAACUAAACAGGGGAUGUGUGCUCUUAGUAAUUAGAUAUUUAGCAAAACCUGUGUACUAAAGUAAUAUCCAAAUUAUUUUCAUCCACUACAAUUAUCAAUAGAAAAUAGAAAGUUCAAUUAUUUAUAUGAUAUAUAUUGAGAGAUAUUUAGGCAGUGAGGAUAAUAUUUGAAUUAGACGACGUGAAAACUUUAAAAUUUCACUGCAAAAUACGUAAGACGAAAAUAUAUUCAUACCUGCCAGCAGCCUAUCUAGGUUUACUAAACCCUGUACUUGAUUUAGUUCCACAGCAAACUCGCUUUAGCUAGUUUCGCGAUUCAGCAUUGAGAAAGAUGAUAAUGGCGAGUUGUUUUACUACCAUACAAAACAAAAUUAGGUGACUUAACAACGAAAAUGUACAAAAGCUGAAAGGAAAUUGGCCCACUUUUUAUAAAUCUGAACAUUUUUUUUUUAAUUUAAACAUCUCUUUUUGGUAAUUUUAUACUUUAGCUUUCUUUAAUCUUCUUGAGAUGAUUAAAACAUCGAUUUUUUUGCCUAAUCCUACUUAGGAACGUGGAGCAUGAUCUUUAUUUACCUACUCUACAAUAAGAGUUAAUUAAAGGCUUAAUACCGUACAAUGAGGAAAAAAUGCACAACCAUUUGCCAAUUUAAAUCAAAUCCCAUAUUUCGUAAGAAUUUAAGGGCAUAUAUACUGGAAAGUGCUUUCUACUCUGUAAAGAGUAUAUUCUAAUACAAAUAUUUAAUUGUGAGCGUUCAAACAAAUUAAUCGUUAAAGAUAAACCAUACUAUAACGCUUGAAUUGAGCUGCCCAAAAUUUUGCGGCUUUAAAUGAAGAUACAGAGUCUCCGUAUGCAGUGUCAGUUCUUGUUUCAUUCGCGUAAACAUAUUACAUAUCAAAAACAAAUAUUUAAUGACAGAUCUAUACUCAAUUUUUUCCAUUUUCAAAAAAAUUACCAUCUCUUCUUUGCAUUGCUGUAUCAAUGUGUGUUCACAAUAUAUUUUUUCCAGUUUAUCAUUAUUACCAUCUAUUACAUAAAUCAUUCUUAAAAACCAGUUUUUAUUAAUAAACGGAUCUUUUUGAUUUGGUACCUCCAGAAAUGUGUGUUUUAUAAACAGAGAAUAACUUGAAUUAUGUGGAUCUGUUGAUGAUUGUGUUAUUUGACCAUGCUAACUGAAAACCUUCCGGAUUAGCUUGAAAGUUGAAUAGUAGUUAGCGCUAAAGAAAAAAUGUCGAUAGCUAUGUAUAUAUGUGAUCUCUAUGAAGAGUAAGGAGUAGGUGAUUAUGAAAAUCAGAAAAGAUAAUGAAAUCAUUUAAAAAUGAUUUUGUUCUUUUUUCCAAUAAAAAAUAUAUUUAAGCAAAUGCUGUAUUCGUAAAUAUCAAAUAAGUUAUUUGAAUUUCAUUUACUGGGCUAUGACAAAUUUUAAUUAGUUAGUUUGUCACUAGAACAUUAUUUUGUGAUAGCACCUAUUUCUAUAUUACAAUUUUAGGAGAUCUGUGAUUUAAUUUUAUUAUAAUAUUUCAAAUCAGCAAUUAUAAUUUUAGUAAGCUAUAAUUAGGAAAUUUAUAUACACAAAAUAUUAACUGUUAUUAUAACAUUUUAGUAUUCCAUAGAUUUUCAUAAAUUUUGGUAUUAAAAUAAUUUUUGUUACAAAAUAGAACAAGUAACAUUAAUGGAACAAUGUCUUUUCCAGUAACACCAUUUUUAUAAUAAAAAAUAAAAUAAAAAUUUUUUAAGAA